AUGCAGGAGGCUUCAGUCGAGGCAGGGGACAUCCUUUCUCAAGUUUCCCAAACUCAUGAUGUAAUCAUGACUUUAGACAAGACCAUCUCUUCGCUGGAAAUGCAGCUUGCUGCAGCUAGAGCUGCUAAAGCCGACAAUGAGAAACGAUCUUCAGAGAAAGCAAAUCCAAGAAAUGAGCAAAUAAAUGAGCGCCAAAAGGUUUUCUUUGUCAUGGGAAUCAUUACUGCAUUUAGCAGCAGAAAGCGCAGGGAUUCAAUCAGAGAAACUUGGAUGCCUCAAGGCACUUGUGUGGCGCUGUUGUUGGAUUAUGUGGGCAUCUUGUGGUUUUGGACUACCACUGAAUCAGUCAAAAUGGAUGAGGCUUUAUCCGUGGACAAACAUAAAUCAGGAGAACUUCAGCCUGUUGUUAAGUGUGAGAAGAAGGAGGCUUCAGUCGAGGCAGGGGACAUCCUUUCUCAAGUUUCCCAAACUCAUGAUGUAAUCAUGACUUUAGACAAGACCAUCUCUUCGCUGGAAAUGCAGCUUGCUGCAGCUAGAGCUGCUAAAGCCGACAAUGAGAAACGAUCUUCAGAGAAAGCAAAUCCAAGAAAUGAGCAAAUAAAUGAGCGCCAAAAGGUUUUCUUUGUCAUGGGAAUCAUUACUGCAUUUAGCAGCAGAAAGCGCAGGGAUUCAAUCAGAGAAACUUGGAUGCCUCAAGGGAAGGAUUUGAGGAAGCUGGAGAAAGAGAAGGGAAUUGUAAUACGUUUUGUAAUAGGGCACAGUGCAACACCAGGUGGAGUUUUAGAUCGUGCUGUUGAUGCCGAAGAUGAACAACAUAAAGAUUUUUUGCGACUAGUGCGUUACUGUAACCAUGUAGAAGGAUACCAUGAAUUGUCCUCAAAAACCCAAAUCUACUUUUCAACAGCCGCUGCAAAGUGGGAUGCUGACUUUUAUAUUAAAGUUGAUGAUGAUGUGCAUGUCAAUCUUGGUAUAGUCGGUUCUAUCUUGGCCCGUCAUCAGUCAAAACCUCGUGUCUAUAUCGGUUGUAUGAAGUCUGGACCUGUUUUGGUACAGAAAGGAGUCAAGUAUCACGAACCAGAAUACUGGAAAUUUGGAGAGGAGGGAAAUAAGUACUUUAGGCAUGCAACUGGACAAAUAUAUGCGAUCUCCAAAGAUCUGGCGACCUAUGUUUCAGCUAAUCGGUAG